CCAAGUCCAUUUCCUCAAAAGAUGGUGGAGGACAUAGAAGCUUCCUACAUUGCUCUGAAAUUGGAGAAUGAAAUUCUGCAGGCCCACAUGCAGUGGCUCAUGGAAGAAAAUACUGUCCUGCAGGCCCAGAUCUCAGAGCUCCAGAAGCCCCAAGCAACCAAAGAGGAUGAACCUCUCCAGAAACCCUCAGAAGCCCAGGAACCCCAGAAAUGCCCAGAGUCCCUGGGUCCCCCAACAGUCUGGGAACUCCAAGAUCCCUCAGACAUUGAAGGGCCCCGGAAGCCCAAAGAUCCCCAGGAUCUCCCAACCUCGGAACCCCCAUCAGCCCAGGAGCCCUCAAUGGUCCAUAAGUUCUCGGCAGCCUGGGCCUCCCAAAAGCCCCCAAAGGUCAAAGAGCUCCAUAAGUCCCCAAUCACCCAAGAUUCUCAGGAGCCCCUAGAUACCCAGGAUUCCCCAGUGGCCCAUAAGCCACAGAAUUCAGAGCCUCAGGACCCCCCAAAUGGUCAGGAGCCUCAGGAGGCACCAGAAUGCCAGGAGACCUCAACACACCUGGAGCCCCUUGAGCUUCUGGCUCACCAGGAGUUGGCAGAGCCUCAGCUGACCCAGGGUCCCCUGGAUCCUUCAGAUACCAAGGAGUUCUUGGAAGUCCCAGCACCCCAGAAGUCCCUGGAGUACCUAGUAGCUGGUACAUCAGCAGCUUCAGAGUUCCCACAGUCCCUCAGGGGGUUAGAAGGUGAAGUUGUUUUCCUGCUAGAACACCAUUUAGCCUUUAAUGGGAAUGCCCAGAAGCUUCCUGAGCUCCUGGUUCAGUUGAAUAGUUACAUGAGAGUCAGAAGGCUCCCAUAUCCCACUGAAGCAGCCCUGGUGAGCUUUGUUAGAAAUUUCUCAAGCGAAGCAGGACUGUGGUUCCAGCCCUUAGUAGUUAUCCAAAGACACCUACUGGAGCAAUUUGAAGGUUUCAUACAAGUGCUCCAGGAACCUUUUAACAAUCCUGGAAACAUGGAAGAUGCCAACCACUGCAUCCUUCAGCUCUGCCAAAGUGAUGACCCUGGCCACCAGUAUGAGACCCACUUCAUCCUCAUUACUCCAAAGUUAAACUGCAUCCAAUUUCAGGAAGGGCUUGCCAGUUCUAUCUGAGAUGAACUAUCUCACACAAGGCCAGCUACCAACCUAUCUGAUUUGAUUACCCAGUGCAUCAGCCGAGAAGAGAAGCUAAGUGGUAAGCCUGAUACAAAUUCACAAGGGGUAAGUCCCUCUGAGGAGAGAACUGUACCUGGGAGUCCACCAGGUGAAAAUCAGCUUAUGCAGGCUGCCAGCAACUACCUACAUCUCACUGAAGCUGAAUGGGCCCACCAUCGUGAAGCACUGUGCCUCUACUGUGGUCAUUCUGGACAUUUUGCCAGAGAUUGCCCUGUCAAGCCUCAUCGAGUCCAGCAAGCAGGAAACAUAGAGGCCCGGGAGUAAGGGGGAACCCAGAUGGGCCAAUCUACAAAUAUGCAUCCCCCUCACUUCCAAUAUCUAUGUCCCUUACCCUAUGGCUUACUAUUGAAAUCAGACUGGGAAGACAACAGUUCUCUGAGCAAGUGAUGGUGGAUUCAUGCUCCUACAGAAACAGCAUUGACCAUUCAGUGGUUCUUCGAGAGAAGUUGCCCAUGCACAAUAUAAUAUCUUCUCUCUCACACUUGAAACCAUAGAUGGCUGUCCACUGAUUAAUGGAGCCAUAACCAAGGCACACCACCUGUUGAAGUUAAAAUUGGAAACCACAUUGAAGAGCUCCAGUUUGACAUUAUUCAUACACCACGGUACCCUCUGAUUCUUGGAGUCCACUGGCUUGAAACACAUGACCCAAACAUUGAAUGGAGUACCCGCACUGUGUCUUUUCAUCUCAUUAUUAUAACUACAAUUGUUUCAGGCACAGGUGGAAUAGAAGAUGUUGUGAUGAAAUAAUUGCUGGGUAGAUCCUGUGUCCUAGUGACUGUUCCUGGCCACCUGUCUUCUGUUAACCUCAGCUGUCACCAGCAUUUGCUGCUCCCAGAAUCUUCCACUGAAUCUCUGGCAACGAACUAAGGCUACCUGUACAAAAACCCUCCCUCUCAGAUCAUGGAUUGAGUCUGACAACUUUGAGCUGCUUUUUCUUUCCAACCUUGCAUGCUCCCCUUUUCCAACCAUCCAUUAAUGUAAGGCUGUUUUUAUUAUGAUUUAUACUAAAAGUAUGCAUAAGAAUAGAUAUUAGAAACUAACAUUGAGAAAGUGUAGUUGUAAGACUGACUUGAUUUUUUUCUUAUCAAGACUCUAUUUAUCAUUA